AAGACGGGACGGUUUGGAAUUCUACAUACCUUCAGCAUAAAAUAUUUGAACGAUAAAAUAAGCUCAGUAAAACAGCAACAAACUCAAAUGAAUCCAGAAAACACAUGAAUGUAAAAUGAGCAGUCUGUGGAUGGGCAACGUGAGUUUUACAGAUACACUCAUAUACACAUUGUUUUCUAUAUCCAUAUAUGUGUACUAGGGCCAUUUUGAAUCCAUUUCACAACGGAGAUGUCAGAGAACAUGGCAGUAUCAGUAUCAGGUGGUAAGUUCGUGGUUUGUAUAUUGAUAGUUGGAGCCCUACAUGAAUGAAGAGUUCAUCUGCAGAGCUUUUGCUCUCAUGGGAGAAACAGUGCUGAGAGUAAGACUGAUCCGAGACAAAAUAACAGGGUGAGAAAUUGUACUAUAUACUAAUAUCAUAAUUCUCUCUCUAUAAGUAUAUGGGGACAGAAACAACACUUAAAUAUGCAGGAAUAUCAUUGCACAGUAAGUAUCAAAACAAGAUAUCAAAGGAAUGUCUACUGCAUACACGAUGUCAGAACUUCUUAGAACUAAUGUUUGGCAAAAAGAAAGAGUCCACAUACCCUAUAUGUCUUGCUUUAUAAUUUCUUACCUCACAAAAUGCAAUGAUAUUCAUACAUUUUAAGUGUGGCUUAAGUGUCCAAAUACUUUUUGGGAGCACUUUGUCUAUUCAGCUGUAUGUGUAUAUUCCUCAUCAUUUCAUAAAGUGUCAGGUUGAUGGUCAUCUCUCUAGGGAAGCUGCAGGAUAUGGUUUUGUGGAGCUGAUGGACGAGACGUCAGUAGAGAGAUGCCUGCGCAAAGUCAAUGGAAAACCUUUACCUGGUGCCACUCCUCCUAAGAGGUUUAAGUUGAGUCGUGCCACUUAUGGGAAACACGGAGAAAGCCGAUCUUCUUUCUCCCUCUUCGUAUCGGAUCUAACUCCAGAUGUGGAUGAUGGCAUGUUGUAUGAGUUCUUUCAUUACCAUUUCUCAUCCUGCUCCAGUGGGAAGAUCAUUCUGGACAGCUGCGGAUUCUCAAAGUGCUGCGGGUUUGUGACUUUUGAGAGUGAGCGAGAUCAGAGACGAGCUCUGGCAGACCUACAGGGUGCAUCUGGACUUGGGAAGAAACCUCUACGUCUCAGUCUGGCUACAAACAAACUGAAGCAGAAAGAGUCGACAGAGAGCCAAGAUGGGCAAUUCUCUGCAGAAAACCACAAUAGUUAUAACUUGUAUCUGAAGCAGUACUGUUACACACAAUACGCCAGCCAUUCCACUACAUAUGACUGGAACUACAAUUACAACUACAUGCAUUAUACUCAAGACGUCCCACAGGGCCAUGAAGAGAUGGAAGAUGAUAUCCUUGAGUACCCAGAUUGUGAGAUAAAUGUGACAGAGGCCAAUGAGAGAUUUAUGGACCAGAGUGAAGAACUGUACAGUGCUCUGAUUGGAUGCGUCUUCCAGCCUCCAGAGUCAUGGGACGGGGUCACCUGUAGUGUUACAUGUUACUUACCAGAGCCAAUUUAUCAGUAUGAGGAGAUGGACUGAGGAUGCCAAGCACCAAUUAUUUGAGUGUGAAGACGAAUUAAAUAUAGGAAUGUUAUUUGACAGUUUUUUUUUUUUCUUCAAAGAAUGCAGCUAAUGCAGAUGUAUAUCAGUUAUUUGUCACAUUGCUGUAAAUGUGAUAAAUUCAGUGAUUUUGUUUUCUGGCAAUUCUGUUUGUCAGUAUUUUGCUUGUGUUAUUUUUUAUGGUAUACAUACAGAAAGCAGUCAGUAAAUUGAAAUAAAAAA